AGCGACGGCACUGGGAGUCCUUACCGUCACUCUGGGGCGCCCGGUGUUGUCUAAAAGUAAUGGUGGCGUGCUGAGCCCGGAGGGCCUUGGGUACUCUCAUGGCCCUGCGAACACUGACCCGUGCUCUGGGCUCUCUGAGCCUGGCGCCCGCGGCGGCUGCUGCCCCCGGCCCGAGCCUGCUUCCGACCGCCCAGGUGACAAACAAUGGCCUCCUCAAGUGUCCCUCUGCCUUGUUGCUACCUUGCCGCCCAAUCCUUACCUCUGAGGCCCUUGGUGCCAAAUCUGUGUCCUGGAAGAGUCAUACCAAGUACACCAUUAAACCACUGAAGAUGAGGAAGUCUGGGGGCCGAGACCACACAGGCCGAAUCAAAGUGCAUGGUAUUGGCGGGGGCCACAAGCAACGUUACCGCAUGAUUGACUUUCUUCGGUUCCGGCCGGAGCAGGAAGCCAAGCCAGGACCCUUUGAGGAGAAGGUCAUCCUUGUCCGCUAUGAUCCCUGUAGGUCAGCAGACAUAGCUCUGGUUGCUGGGGGCAGCCGGAAACGCUGGAUCAUUGCUACAGAAAACAUGCAGGUUGGAGAUAUAAUCCUGAACUCUGACCACAUAGGCCGAAUGGCAGUUGCUCCUCGGGAAGGGGAUGCACAUCCUCUUGGGGCCUUGCCCGUUGGGACCCUGAUCAACAAUGUGGAGAGUGAACCAGGCCGGGGAGCCCAGUAUAUCCGAGCUGCAGGGACAUGCGGGGUGCUGCUUCGGAAGGUGAAUGGGACAGCCAUCAUCCAGCUGCCCUCUAAGAGGCAGAUGCAGGUGCUGGAAACGUGCAUAGCAACAGUAGGCCGCGUAUCCAAUGUUGAUCACAACAAACGGGUCAUUGGCAAGGCGGGCCGGAACCGCUGGCUGGGCAAGAGGCCUUCCAGUGGGCUGUGGCACCGCAAGGGGGGCUGGGCUGGCCGAAAGAUUCGGCCGCUGCCCCCAAUGAAGAGUUAUGUGAAGUUGCCCUCAGCUGCUGCCCAAAGCUGAUAACCCCUGGACUAUAAUAAAAUGACUUGAUUUGUA